AUGUAUCUCCUUCCAUUUUUUAUCAAAUCUCAUUUUUCUUCCAUUCAAAUAUUAUUAAUCUCUUUUUCUAUCUUUCACUUUCCUUUUCAUUCUUUUGUCAUUCCUCUUUCAUUUUUAUGCCCUCCCAUUUUUUUCAUUCUAAUGUCCUUCCUCCCAAGUUCAUUUUUUAUUAUAUUCUUUCAUUUUUUUCUUUCUGUCUUUCCUCUUUUUCCCAUUUUUCAUGCUUUCUUUCCUUAUAAUGUCUUUCCUCUCUUUUUUAAUAUCCCAUGUUUUCUUUCAUUCAAUUACUCUUUAUUAUCAUUUUCCAAUUUACAUUUUUCUUUCAUUCGAAUGUCCAUCAUUGCCUUUUUCAAUUUUCAUUUUUUUCUUUACAUUCUAAUGUCCUUCUUUUUCUUUUCUAUUUUCCAUUUUUCCUUCAAUACUAAUGUCAUUCAUUUACUUUUUUCAUCUUUUCUUUCAUUCUUAUGUCUUUUUUCUUCUUUCUCACUUUUCCUUCAAUUCUAA